AUGAUCGUCUUCUGCGCCCUCGAUUCAUGGGGCAGCAAUGCCCGGGGUAAGACUCCCAUGACCGAUCUGUUCUUUCGGGUGCUUCUUGCGAGCGAUCCAGGCAUAUGGGCUGACCACAAUGUCGAACGACGAAUAGGCCGGCCUUGCACAUCGCACAACCUGCUCGCCGAGUCGCACCCGCCAUAUGCGGUUGACCCCUUGGCUGCGCCGGUACCCAACGCCUAA